AUGGCUACGAGGCAACGCGUUGGUGCUGCUAAUACUUCACGUCCAAGACAAUCCAUUCGUCCCACUUAUGAGGAUUUCCAGCCCCACUUUGAAUUGAAGGAAGAACCUGAAGCUCACAUCAUAUAUGUUCAACUUCCUGGUUUUCUGAAAGAGCAAGUGAGGAUUACAUUUGUGCAUAACCCUGGUGUGAUCAGGGUCCAUGGACAACGACCCCUUGGCAACAACAGAUGGAGCCGUUUUAACCAAACCUUUCCUCUUCCACAAAAUUGUCACGAAAGUAAAAUUCAUGGAAAAUUUAGCAGUGGAGUUCUCACCAUUACAUUGCCGAAGGAAGUCCCAAAAGCAGAUCCUAAUAAAGAAGCAGCAGCAACCAAGCCAAUCCAAGAUGCAAAGCCAAAAGAGAAGGACCAGAUACAUGCUCCGCCAUCUCAAAAACCGGCCGUCCAGCCCAAGGUACAAAAGGGACAGGAUGCCACUCAUCAAACUGCUAUUGCUACUGCUGCUAAAGAUCCCCAAGUAGCUGCUUCAGAGCCGGAGGCACAAAAGGGACCCCAACUAAAACAAGGGAUAGCCGAGACACAAGACCACAUGAUUAAGGAAGCAGGAGUUGAACCAAAUGUUGUUUCAGCAAUGACUCAGAAUGAAAAACAAAGUGAUGAUAAGAGGGUGAUCGCGUUGAGUAACACUGCAAGUCUUGCCAAACCUCAAAAGGCCGGGGAUGAAAUUCCACCCAAAACUAUGGCAGACCAAAAGGCCAAGGCGGACUAUCAAAAUGAGGUUCAGGAUAGAUACAUAACUGAUGCAAAUGAGAAGCCGGGAGAACCAAAGAAUACUGAGAAGGCUGUCGACACGCCUCUGAGUAAGGAAAAGGAGAUGACUGGUGAGAGAAGCAGCGUAGCAUCUGUGAUCGAUAGGAUUGCCCCAAAUACUUUAGAUCAGGUAAAGAAGACGAGUAAACGUUUGGGUAGUGUCGAGCAAGAGAAGCCUGAAAAUGAUUGCAUUGCUGCAAAGCAACGAAUGAAAAAUCAGGACAAGUGGAUAAAUAAUGAAGAAAAGCAGCUGUUAAUCAAUGUGGGGGCUGCAGUUCUUGUUCUUGUGGCAUUCGGGGCUUACACGACUUACAGCUUAUGGUGCUCCGGAAAACCCUAG